GCCCUGUCGUAUCACAUGGAAAGAAGAUGAAAUGCCGUUCGUCUCCUGUAUGAGAUGUCGGGGUAUGGCAGCGUGGCACCUCGAACGCCGUGGGGUAAAGUUAUUACCAUCAUAUAUGCACUGAUCGGCAUCCCUCUGAUGCUGGUUUACCUCUCCACAGUAGGCGACGUCUUGGCUCGCAAUUUCCGGCGUCUCUACGGCCGUGUAUGCGGUAACGGUGGCAGUACUGGAGGUUGCAACGGGCGCAACAACUCAAAGAAUUCGUCCGGACCAGGAGGCAAGAGUAAGAUUUCCGGACCUGAGAGCUAUCUGAGCACCGGCUACACCCCUUCUGGGGCCACCAAGGCCCAUAACAGCAUCACGGCAGACGGCUCUGCCAUCAAAAUGCACCAGUACCACCCGCAUGCCACCCCGGGUGCUGACCAUGGGGACAAUAUGCAGGCAAAGUUGGAUCGGAGUGGUAGUGCCGUGGUCCUGGACUGCGGAGGCGAUGGCAUCGGCGCGUCCUCAGUGUCAUCGUCCACGGCUCUGCACCCAGGAGGGAAGCGGCACCGUCACUGCGACGCUGAAUUUAUCAGAGUUCCCAUAUCGCUCUGUCUGCUCAUCAUUCUUAUGUACAUCUGCGGGGGCGCUUUUCUUUUCAACAGACUAGAAAACUGGACAUUUCUGGAGGGAUCCUACUUCUGUUUUACAAGUUUAGGGACGAUAGGCUUCGGAGACUUGAUUCCAGGCUUGUAUCAUAGUUAUCAGGUACAAUACCACUCUUCAACAUUGCAUUCGUCGGCAGAACAACUCUCGGUGUUUGCAUCGUCAGCAUACAUUCUGGUUGGCAUGGCGCUCAUAGCGAUGUGCUUCAACCUCGUCCAGGAUGAAGUGGUGAUCAUAGUGCGGAAACUAGGGCAAUAUUUCGGUGUCGCAGGUAGUAGUAUGGCGGGGCCCUCCAACUCGAGAGGAGGGGAUGCCAAUGACGAGGAUAUCAUGGUAGACGUAGUCGAGGGGGAAGGGAUAGCAAUGGCUGUGGUGUCGUCAUCCGCCACAUCAUCUUGACAUAGGCCGAGUGACGCAGUAGGGCAUGGAAUUGGUGAUCGUGACCCAGUGCCGCCUUCAGGACCCGCCAAGAUACAGCCGUCUCAGAAGAACCUGAAACCAUCGUUGGUACAGUACCCACAGCAUCAUCACAGUCUCCCUAGAAGGAAAGGGGAUGCUGGAGCAGCUGCCAGUAUUGCUCGGAGAGAAGCACAGAGGAGCCAACGCGGCUGUCGCGGUGGCGCGACUUCCGACUCCGGAGAACCUCUAGUGGAAUACUUCGUGCCGCGAAGUGUGAGUGAGUUUAACCUAGCUGGUGUGGUAAGUGACAUAAUGGUGGUUCCGCCUCCUCCGUCCUCCGUUAUCCGGCCGUCUUCAGCAGCGUCGGUGCUCAGGUCCUCUUCCAGGGAUACUGCCGCAGGUGGCGCGAGGUCUAGGGAGAAGAUGGUGACGUUUGAGGACGACCCGAUAAUACAAAGCGGCACGCAACUGGUAAACAGGAAAUCAGGAGUCGGGGUCGGCCAGGCUCUCGAGGACGUGUUCAUGUGACGAACUCCCGGAACCUCUUGAAGAAGCUGCUCACCAAUAUUUAUUCUCUAUAACCACUCAACUUUUGAGAAAACGGGUGUAACCAUUACUGAAACAGUACCUUCAUGUAUUAUUUCCGGUUGUUACCAAAGCAAUUAUUUUGGACAUAUUAGCACAAGGAAAUGCAGGAGAAAGAUGGAGUCAAGAAACCUUUUUUCUAGAAGUUAAUGGUAUAAUAUCUGAACUAAAAAUUUAACAUUUUUGCCCCUGUUCACACUAGCUUGUUAUAUCUUGCAUUUCCUGUCAUAUUAAUGAUAUGUUUAGUGUGCUUUACAACGGUUAUAAAAUGAGGCAUAACAUUUUGGCUAGGAAAACGAACGGCUAUGUGGAAUUACGGAAACCGGUACAGACUUCCUGAAACCUUUGCUUAUGUUCCAUGAAAACAGAAUGACUUACUUGUCUGUUGAACAAAAGAAAUAUUUUGGAGACUGUAGAACAGUGGAGCUGCUAUGUACUAAUAUCUUUUGUUUUUCACCAUUCAGUUGCUGUGGACAUUUGGAUAAAUUAACUAAAUUAACGACAGAAAAUAUGUUGAUAUUGUUAAUGCCAUUAACUAAUGUAGGCCUAAAUGCCUACUCGUGAUUAUGAUACACGUUUGAAAAUACUGCCAUCUGAUAUUAAAUAGAAUAUUACU